ACACCAUUCCUUUCUCUUGUCUCUGUAUCCCACACCUUUUCCUUCUCUUUCAUCCUUUCCUUCAGGACAAGAGAAACAAAGACAAGGACACGGCGACGUACAGUUUCUCACAGAGGAAACUCACCAGCCAGUCUACUUCCUGACAUCACCACUGCUGCUGUCUAUGAGCUGCACUGAGGCAGUGGAGUGGACUUUCCAACAAUCCUGACACACGGAAAUACCCUGUUGAAGCUCCAGCAGCAGCAGCAGACACCAUGUCCUCUCCUUCCCUCCCCAUGCCCUCUCUCCCUCCCAGCCCUCUGGCCAUGGAGUACCUGAACGACUUUGACCUCCUCAAGUUUGAGGUGAAAUCUGACACUCCUCCACUCCCUCCUCCCUGUGCAUAUCCCAAAUCUGGCCACCCCCACGACCCCUCCAGCUCUCCAUACACCAGUCACCCUCCGCAGGACUCCAGCUUGAGCUCCAGCCCUUACAACUCCCUGCCACCCUCGCCGACGCUCAGUGACGCCCACCCACCUCCCUCGGGCUCUUCCUCCCUCUCUUCUUCAUCCUCCUCCAUCUCCUUCCCACUCUCCAUCUCCAACAGCUUCACCUCCGGCAUCAGCUCUGGCUCUCAGGGGAAUGUGGAGGGCAGCCCAGCCCACAGUGGGCCUCAGGGCCCCACCCCGGCUUCACUGGAGGACCUGAUCUGGCUGGCGGCGCUGCAGCAACAGUUUGGAGGGGAGGUGACAGGGCCCGCCACUCUGCUGGGAGCCUUGGGAGGGGUGCCAGAGAGAGGGGACCGAGAGAGGGGGCCGGUAAAUGGCUUUCUGGGCUGUGAGGAUGCUGUGGAGGCUCUGCUGAACUCAGCUGCUGCAGCUGUCAGCUCACAGUUUCCAGGUCUUUCUCAGAGUUCGAGCAGCAACCUGGGAGACUCCAGCAGCGACAGCGGCGGCGAUAUCUCCUGCACCAAGGGGACCGAUAUGUGCCAUCGCCCGCUCGUCUUCCUCUCGUCGGCCCCUCCCUCGCUCCCCAACGCCGCCCCUGCCUCGGCUCCCUACCCACAGGCCCUCAGCCCCCAGGGCCGCCUUCAUCACCACCAGCAUCACCAUCAUCAGCAUCACCCGCACCACCCCAUGCACGGCACCCAUCACCAUCAUCACCAUCCACAACAUUUACAAGUAGCACAGUGUGGGGUGAACGAGCGCUUCUCUGAUGAGCAGCUGGUGAGCCUGUCAGUGCGCGAGCUCAACCGACACCUGCGUGGAGUGAGCAAGGAUGAGGUGGUGCGCUUGAAGCAGAAACGCCGCACACUAAAGAACCGUGGCUAUGCCCAGUCCUGCCGCUACAAGCGCUUACAGCACCGCCACGCUCUGGAGUCAGAGAAGCAUGUGCUCACGCAACAGUUGGAACAGCUACAGUGUGAGCUGACUCGAGUGCUGAGGGAGAGGGACGCCUACAAGGCUCGCUACGAGAAGCUCCUCAGCACAAACCACGGCACCGCCGGCGACGCCCCACCGACCCGCACCAGCAACCCACCUUCCCCGCCCCCUGACUAUUUCCUCUGAGUUUUACCCACAAGGGGGGGGGUGGGGGCACAAGCCCAGCCAAGAUGGAGCAAUCAGUGAUGAGUAAUCAGACAGCAAAGAAGGUCAUGUACGUGUGUGUGCGUGUGUGCAUGUGUGUGUCUGUGCGUGUGCAAGUUGGGAAAGUGAAAGAGAGAGACUGGCAGGCAGUUUUGGGGCGAUACAACUGUGAAAUUCAUAGGGUUAGACUCAGCUCUAGGGCUGUUUCUUGGACUCAGUUUUGCAUCACUGUGAAUGACAGUUGCACAAAAACUGGCUGAGAGCGCUUUAAUAUCAGUGCAACAGUGGACACAAACAACUAUGAAAAUGUAAUGAAAAAGCUUUAAAAAUGCAUCAAUAGUCCCUGACACUGCUGAGUGUAUUAUCUAUGCAAUAUUAUAUAGCUGCAAUGUACUCUCCAAGUGAGUGUUUGAGGCUCAAAUUGUAGUUUUGUGUUUUUACGAUAAGCUGCUAAAGCUGCAGAGGUCUGAGUAGUGCAGUGGUGCUGGAUGUGGAGUGGUAUGGGCUUGGAUAAAGUAUCCACGGCAUGCAGUUAAGUAUUUGCCAGCUAAUAUUUCACAGUUGCCUACCAAAGUGUUUAAGCUCACCAAGACUUGUUAUUCUUUGUAAGAUGAAGAAUCAUAGAUUAAAGAAUGUACAAGGAUACCUUUCAUGGGAAUCUUCCAGUGAUUGUGCUAAAUGCUCUUGUGUUUUCGCAAAGAAAUCUACCUUUUGCUAGUUGGAAAUUACAACUUUCAGUCAUUACCAUUAACAGAGAGGAUUUGCUGUUUGCUCUCAAAAAUGCUUUUUUUUUUUUACACAAAAAGAAUUGGAGCUGGUAGUGUGCUUAAUAAAGCGACUGCAUAUGGUGAAAGAGACAAAUACACCCAUCGCAGCAGGCGAAACAAAAAGAGUGUGGCAUGAUUUGUGUGGUUGUGUCCAGUUCUCCAGACUGGAGAGGCUAUUUUUGGGCAGAUUGAACACCUCUGAUAACAGGGACAAUCACCAUAUUAAUGCAACAUGUGGCACCACAGAGCUGGUCACUGUGGACUCGGGUACUGUGGGGCUACUCCGGAUGCAACAGAAAAUUAACGGUGCAGGGAUUAAAAAAUAAAUAAAAAUGCAAAAAUAUCUCUUCAUGGAGACACUUAACUGUCCCAUGAAGUCAUUGCCAGGGUUCAUGCAUUAGAGCUAUUUAUUUUGUUUGGGUGUAGGUUAAAUAAAUUGUUCUUUUAUUUAUUCACUUAUUUAUUCAGUAUUUAUUGUUUAUUUAUGUACUGAUUCUAAUUAUUUUACUGGUUUUAUUCCAUUAGCGUGUAUUUUUACUUUCCUACAGUUUAUUAUUUUAUCCAAUUGUGAUUAGAAUUAACAUUAUUACAAAAAUGAUGGCCAUUAUCAUGGUUUCCUGCUCCUGUUGUAGUGUGGUUUCAUAUGCAUAUGAAA